AUGGCCGAUCAAGAAUCCUCUAACCCCAACCCGGAGUCCACCCCUACAACCCCCAACAAGCCAAAGCGUGCCCCUCCUAAGCUGGGAAAGAAGACUCCAGCCAAGCAAGAGCAGACCCCUCCUCCUUCCGAGCAAGGUCAACAAGAUCAAGAUAAAGAUCAAACAGACAAAGAUCAGACCGAAGAGAAAGACCAGGAUCAAGAAUCAGAGCAAAAGGAAGAAAACCAAGAGCCUGAACCCGAGCCUGAAUCCCUUCAACAAGAACCCGACUCCGAUCACGAGAAGGAAACUACCCAGAACGGUAACGCUCAUAAAGAAGAAGAGCAAGAGCAAGAACCCGAACCCGAACCUCAACCUCAAAAAGAAGAACCCCGUCGCCGUCGUCGCCCGCGCCCAUCCCGCAACGACAUGGACGCUCAACCUCAGCAACGCCAGCGCACUCGCCGCACCCGCCAGCCACAGCAGCAGCAAGGUGGUGAUGGUGGCCCACUUGGUGGUCUUGGCGGCGUCGAUCAAGCCGGUCAGUUAGUCCAGAACACAGCCGGCAACGCUUUGAACGGAGUCACUGGAUCCGCCGGGAAAGCCGUCGGCGGCAUUCUGGGCGGAGGUGAAAAAGAGGAGAAGGAUGAUGGAGGUGGUCGGGACGAACAGCUGCGUCUGCGACUGGAUUUGAAUCUUGAUAUUGAGAUUCAGCUCAAGGCCAAGAUUCAUGGUGAUUUGACUUUGGGAUUAUUGUCAGUAUUGCCCUUUCUUUUAUAUCUCCCCCCCGGUUCUUCCAGACGUCCUUCAUUCGUCUUCUUCCUAAUUUGUACUAACUAA